AUGUUUUUAUUAAUUUUUAUCAUACACAUUUUAAUUUCUGUCAAUUCUUAUCAUACAAACACUAAAUCCACCGUACAUUAUUAUAAACUGAAUAAUUUACUCGAAGAUAACAUUAAUUUACAUAAUGACCUUUUUAAACACACUGAGUUCCAGUUACACCUUCCUCCAACUUCCAACUCACUACCUUUGUUCAAUAAACACUUAUUCAGCAAUAAUCGCAUCAACUCCUCAGAUCCUGAACUAAACAACGCAAUCUCUUCGGAUUCCACUCCAAUUUCUCAUGGCAACACUGAUUCUAACAUUUCAAAUGAUACGAUUCCACGUCGGAAUGAACCUCAGAAUGUAGUAGAACUGGGUAAGAAUGCUGGAGAUUCUCAGGGAGGAGAAUCCAGCGAGGUGCUGGAGGAGCUGGACAUUAUGCAAAUGCUCAAGAAUAACCAGAUAAAUGAAUUCCGCCACAAAAGCACUAUAGGCACUAAUCACAUGUUUACCUUUAGAUUUGAACGGCCUUGCGAUGUUUAUAUUUUAAACUACUCAAUCAUAGAUUUGGACUUCAUGGAAUACAUUUAUUUAAGCUGUAGAGUGCUUGAAAAACUCAAGAUUUUCAAAGAAGACACUGUACUUCAAGUGCUAGACGAAGUUAUAACUGAUACUAAUGUGCCAGUUUGGCUUUCAACUCCCUUUUACUACUCCUUGGCUCACAACAAUGACAUCACUGACUACGUUCUCAUAACUUACUAUUACCUUAACAAAUUUAACACUAAUUAUCAAGAUAAUGAAAUUGGUUCACAUGAUAUUAAACAGCAUUUUAAUAAGCCUUCAGACUCCAAAGAGUCUUCUGAGAACACUAUUCAGCUCAUGAAUAAACUUAUAAAGGACGGGAAUCCCUUUAAAAUUAAGGAAUAUUUGUUAAAUGAUUUAUAUAAACUAAAUAUCACUUGCCAUGAACUAGUUAAUUGGAAAGUGGACGGCACUUACGAGAACCUUCUUCAAACGUUCAAGGAACACGAUCUAAAACAGUUGUAUUUGUCUGAGAUGGAGAAACUGAGGCGUAACUUCAAAUUAUAUAAAAAAUUAAUAUUUAAUAAUCGCAUUUCGUACAACACCGGCGUAGUCCAAUUAAUUAAUUACUACACCAACUACUUUAAGAUGCCCAUUUACAUCAUGAACACCACUUCUUUCCCCUCUGAUGACUUGAAAUUUAAGCUAAAACUCUUUGGCCUAAAGGAGAACAAUCUUCUGAACAUUAUCAGUGAUUUCAGUUGCUUCGAUAAACUCGAUAAGCUUAUUCCUAUACACUACUUUGACAAUUAUUUACCUAAUCUCCUGAACAUUGACAAAAAUGAUUUAAAUGUAAGAUUAUACUUUGUUGAAUGGGGACAUAACAGUGACUAUAACGACAAGUUACAGGCUCUCUACACUGACAACAUAAAGUACAUUAAGAAUUCAAUGAAAUUAGUCGAGUUUAUUUGUAAAUUUAGCACUAAAUUUUCUCGGGAGUGGACUCACGGGUACCGGCUUCGUUACCCUAAUGAGGAACAUGCCAAUUUCCUCCUCAAAUGGAAAGAGAAGUGGAGCGAUGAAUCAACUUAACUUAAAUAUCUUACAAAUUCA